AUGAAUAUCCUCAAAGUUUUAUUAGUUGUCAUCUUUUCAUUAUUUUUAUCAUCAGCCUCAGCUUCACAAUACAGCUGUGGUCAAAUGCAGUCAUUAGCUAAGACUUAUUUCGGUAGUGCUGCCACCACUAUGAUUUGUAUUGCUUAUUAUGAAUCAUCAUGGAUCCCAACCGCCGAAAACCCAAGUGGUGCUUCAGGUUUAUGGCAAAUUAUGCCAGAACAUUGUGGUGAAAUUUGCACCAUGUGUAAACACCCAAGUGAUUUAUUCAAUCCAGAAAUUAAUGCUCAAUGUGCUGCUGCCGUUCUCAGAGCUCAAGGUUUAAAUGCUUGGACCACUUAUUCAAAUGGUGACUGCAAUGGUUGGAGAUCAUGUGAUGGUAAAUAUUAG